CUUGAAUACUUUGAACUGAUUGCGUAAUCGCGAUGAUGAACGAAGAGAGUUCAUCAAAAUCCAAAAUGGCCGCACAGACACCAGGAAUCCAGCAGCUCUUGCAGGCAGAAAAGAGGGCAGCCGACAGGGUUGCAGAAGCCAGAAAACGAAAAGCUAGGAGGUUAAAGCAAGCCAAAGAAGAGGCGCAGCAGGAAAUAGAAGCGUACAAGAAAGAAAGGGAGCUACAGUUUGAAGAUAUUCAACAAAAGUAUUUAGGUUCAAAGGGAGACCAGGCCCGCGAGAUCGAGAUCCAGACCGCUGCAAAGAUUCAGGAAAUCAACCAGAGGGUUGGCCAAAAGCGAGGACAGGUCCUAAAUGAUCUAUUUGAAAUGGUCUUUGACAUCAAACCAGAGCUACAUCAGAACCUCCAGUUGUGAUUUAUAAUAUGCAUAAUGUAUCUUCUAUCGGCAAUAUAAUUUUAGACCACUGUGGCCCAUAUUCUCGAAAAUUCAACCCUGCCUAAUCUAUCAACCCUUUGCCACAGGGAAGUGAGUGGCUCGUGUAUCAGAGCUUACCGGAAUAAAUUCUAUGGUUACUUGGUUAAAUUACUGUUUAUCUUGUAACAGAAUGGAGAGGCAAAAUAAAGAUUUGUUAUGGAUUAAAAAUGAGAAAUUAAUUUCAUAGAGGUAAUGUUUUCCCCCAUUUAGGACCAGAAUUAUGGUUGUAUGAACAGGAAAAUGUUGUCAUUUGGCACUCUAUUAAUUGGUGGACUAACUCUUUGCUCUGAGGCGUAAAUAAGAUGUUGUCUAAAGUUGUCUGAGAAUACUUGUCAAAGGGUUAAAAGUAAUAUGUUGAAGGAUUUUAGCUUCCUCUUUUUAUGAAAUAUGUAGUAGAAAUAGUCAUGUAUGUAGCUAUAGGUACUUCUCUUUGUAUUAUUUGGUGUUAUUGGUUCAUUUGGUUGGUUGUAUCAGUUUGGAAAGUUUGUGUAAAGCAGGGGAUCAUUGCAACAAAAGGCAAAAGGGAAACAAAGGCUCGCAUUUAACAGUACCGGUAAUCAAAAAAUCAAAGUGAUUCAUAAUUUGUUACAACUUGUACAGAUAGCUACGCAAAGGUGUUGUGGUCGGGUUGAUAAGUCUCCGGACUAUUAACCACAAUAUACAAGGUUCCACUACCUGCCACGGCACGUCAUUUGGCAAGAAAUUAAUCUGUAUUUCGCACACAUUUUGUGCCUGGUAGGAUGUACUGAGGGCUAUGGUUGCCGGAGCUAAAGCUUGAUUAGUGACAUCCAAAAUCCUUUGGAAAUGCAUAGAAACACUAAAUCAUAAUGUGAUAUGCACCAUACUAGAAUUGCAUAUGAUCUUAAUACUGUUGACAUGUAAUGUUUGGUCCAAAGAAUAGAUUUUAAUCAACUAUGCCAAAAUGAUGAAUAACCUGAAUUACUUUUUGCACUGGUAACAAUGCUCUGCGUGCUGUACAUUCUGAAGUGGUAAUUUCUAAAGUUACCAGCAGCUACUGCCCUUUACUGUUAAAUCAUGACGAGAAAUACAAAGUAAUGAGUUUUAUUUCAGUAUUAGUUUGUGAACAAGUUAUAUUUUGUGCCUUGUGUUGUUUGUGGAUAUGAGUACACCUUCAUGAAUUUGUGAAGGAGAAACAUGAACAUUCCAUUCAUAAUUAAUCAACGUACAUCUCAUUAUUAAAUAUUUAAAAAAGAGAAAAGAAACGGACAUCUUUUAUGGCAUUUAUUAGUUAUGGGAGGUUAUACUAGGAUUGUUACUACUUUUGAUAAAAAUCACUCAUAUAAUUUGAUGGGUUCCUUAAUCUGUAAUUCUUCGAUUAUUGUUAGCUUUUACAGUGUGUGGGCCACUAAGUUUAGAAAUGCGUACCUCAAAGAACCUUUUGUGAGACAAGUUUUUUUUUUUUUUUACAAUUAUCAUCGAGAAACUCUUCAUUAAAAUUACAGGGGUUGUCUCUCAGACAUCUAAAUUCUCAAUCCAGAAAUCUGUGAUGAAAGACAAGCUUUUCAUCGUCCAGAAAAAAGACUUGAUCAGAAUUUGGAUGGCUUAAGUUGAAAACAGCUCUGAAAGAGUUAAGAAUACUGACAGGAGUGCUCACUUCACUCAAUUUGUUUAGGCAUAAAUAUUAAAUGCAGAGUUGUUUCUUUAAAGACCUCUUCAGUUGGAGAGAAUUAUUGUCUUUUCUCUCUUUCUUUUUUCUUUUACUCUAAAAAAAUUAAUUCAAGAUUUACUUUGUUUGAAGCCCCAAAUGACAGUGUAUGUAUGAAAUGUUGUAUGAUUUUGUUAAAACAUAUAUAUAUUGUCCAUUUUAUGUCAACAUUAUAUCAGUACACCCUAUUAAGAAAAAAUAUAUAAAUGUUAUAUUACCAUCAUAAA